ACCCCGGGCCGUUCGGCCCCGCCUCCCCCGGCCAGGGCCAGACUCCGCCCCUCGGCUCUGCGUCCCCUCGGGGCAGUGCUUUUUCCUGUGGGAGCAUCGAGUGGAUGCCAAGACCUGCCUCUGCUGCGACCCUUUUCCCAACCCUUUUGUCGCUCCCACGACCCCUUAGCCUGUGGUCUUUUCCUUCCCAGAUGGGCUUCCGGCGUCCUCCUUUCUCCCCUGAUUUUAUUUUUCUAUUUCCAAAUCACAUCUGCCGGCCUGCCUUGUGGAAGCUGUGCCAGAGGCGGGAAAUCUCCUCUUGGCUGGCCCGAUGGUUCCCCAAAGACCCAGCCAAGCCCGUGGUGGCACAGAAAACACCUAUCAGGUUGGAACUUGUUGCCGGGAAAACCUACAGAUGGUGUGUAUGUGGCCGAAGCAAGAAGCAACCCUUCUGCGAUGGCUCCCACUUCUUCCAGCACACUGGCCUUUGGCCACUCAAGUUCAAGGCCCAAGAGACCCGCACAGUGGCCCUAUGUACCUGCAAGGCCACCCAGCGCCCUCCUUACUGUGACGGUACCCACAAGAGUGAGCAGGUACAGAAGGCGGAAGUGGGCUCCCCACUCUGAGGAGUACUGUGGCUCCCCGCCUCCCGCAGCCUUCCCUCUGUGGAGCCAACAGUGCCACAGAAGGGAACAUCCAAAGACCGAGUCAUUAGCAACUAUUCCCUGAAAAACCUGCAAUCUCCUGGUGUGCAGUUGAGAGCAGGCCCCUGGUCCAACACCUGGUAAACUGACAUUAAACAAUGCGACCCAGCC